AUGCCUUCGGACGACCUCAAGAUCUAUGCCACAUCCGAUACUGACUUCUACGACCUCCUAGGCGUCACCUUCGAGACUUCCCAGAAAGAUAUCGACCGAGCAUGGCGAAGAACAGCACUCAAAUAUCAUCCUGACAAAGUCGGCAACGAUCCAGUCGCCAAGGAGAAGUUUCACCUUGCGCAAAUUGGAUAUGAUCUGCUAUCUGAUCCGGCAAGCAAGGCUAUCUACGAUAAUGCCCGCAGUGCUAGAUUACAGAGAAAGAGGCAAAAUGAUUUAUUUGAGGGCAGAAGGAGGCAGAUGAAAGAUGACUUGGAGGCGAGGGAACGUGGUGUCAAGAGACCUAGGGAGGAAGAUGAAGGUGACGAAGAGAAGCUGGAGAGAGAGAUACGGAGGUUGGCUGAGGAUGGGAAGAGAAGGAGAAAGGAGAGGGAGGAUGCGCUGAGAAGGGAUAUGCGGAAUGAAGCCGAGAACGCUGACGCUGCAGCACCGACGCCCGGCUCGAGCAGUAGCCACAUGAAUAGAGCAAGCACUUCCCAGUCGACUGUGUCUGAGAUCGAUCGGACCGUAAAAGUACGGUGGCCGGUCGAAGGCGAAGGGGGCUCCAUAACAGCGGAAGGCGUCAGAAACUUAUUCUCGCAAUUUGGCUCCAUCGAAAGCGCGGACUUGCUCAAUUCAAAGAUGCUCCGGCUCGGAAAGAAGCAAAAGAAGCAGCUCGCCGUAGUCUGCAUGAUACAGUACAAAUCAGUUGUCGGCGCGCAUGCUGCAGUGGAAGACUUUCCAAAACAAAAUGGUCCUGAAUGGCGAACAUUCGACUCCGUGUUCUGGGCCGCUAACAGGGAGCCUGACUUCAUAACUGCACACCAAGACAACAGGGCCUCCGCACCGGCAACGCCCACGCCGGAUGGUCGGACCAAAAGCACAUAUGCGUUCUCCGGCUUUGACAGCCAAGCAUCCACACCCGCAGCUUCGCCUAAAGCAGGUGAUGGUGGGCUUAAGAAGAUGCCAUCUUUCGCGUCCUUCUCAUCCGCAGCGUUCAAUACGCCGAAAGGCUCACCUUUUGGCAAAGGGCUGGGGGUUAAUAGUCCUAGCCUUGAAGAGAUGACAAUGAUACGGCUGAAGAACGCAGAGAAGAAACGAUUGGCCGCCGAGAUAGAGCGGCAGGACAGGGAAGACGAUGCCGCUGAGGCAAAGCAGGCAUGA